AUGCCUCUGGGUAAGCAAAUGCUUGUCUUUGCGAUAGCCAUCGUCUGCAAUGCGACCUCGCUCCAAGGCUCCAAGGCCACCAAGCCUUUCAACCUUUCCUCCAAGCAGCAGCUCCCGGCCAAUCGCUGCACCAGCCUUGCAAAGCCCAGCAUCGCCAUGGCCAGCCUGCGGCCCGAGCUGCUGCACGAGAGGCUUUUCAAGAUGAAACGCGCCUGGAGCGACACUGCAGUGGAGACGAGGCAUUGCUAG